AUGGCAACGCUGCCAACUGCUACCUCGUCCGUUCUUGUUCGCCAAGCCACGUCCCCAUCAGAUCUCGCAGCAGUAGUUGAAUGCUUCAAAGAGUAUACUGCCUGGCUUGACGAAGAUUUGACCCACCAGAAUUACACUGCCGAGUUAAACGGGCUACCGGGAAAAUACGCAGCGCCCACUGGGGCCCUUCUCCUCGCCGUAGAUGCAACAACUGACGCCGUCCUUGGCUGCGUUGCUGUGCGACCUAUAAGCCUUGAGGGAGUGUAUUCUGACUCACGGCCUGCCGGGAUACGCCACUGCGAACUCAAACGACUAUUUGUAUACCCAGAAGCUCGUGGGAGACAGGUAGCUAGGACUUUGCUGGUAGAGGCCGUGAGAUGUGCGCAGGCUGCGGGCUACGACGAGAUGCUGCUGGAUACGCUGUCAAAGAUGACUGCCGCGAUAAGCCUGUACAAGUCUGAAGGAUUUGCAGAAGCAGAGCCGUAUAAUUCGAGUCCGUUGAACGGCACUCUGUACUUUGUAAAGUCGUUGUCGAAGGUAGAACUGAAUGUCCAAUAA